GGGUCGAUUGAGACGGUCGAUGCAAGAAUGGAUGACAAGGCAAGGCAGUGAGUAAGAUCGAGAGAGGACAGGAGAGAACAGCAAGCAGAAUCAGCAGGAAAUACUUCGAAGGACAGUACUACUUCAGACAUUCUUGUCUUCUGAGCGCUAGACAGACGUCUUCGGUCUUCGCAAUACCAGUUUGUGCUAUUGCAACUUACCGCGUGUACACAGCAAGCCGUAUCGCACACGUCGAGAACGCACAAAGAAACAACAGGCUCUCACUCUCUGUGAUAUAUUUGAGCUAGAGGAACGCUGAAUUGAUAUCCAUAUUCGCAUCGGAUCCGUGGUAUUAUCAAAAAUACGAAAAUGUCCUGCUUCAGUGGGGCGUGGGAGGAGGUGGACGAGGCGUUGGUCAUUGAGUUCCAUGUCAUGUCUUUCCUCCAAAAGCUGCUAUCUUACAUAAAGCUGGCAGCGAUAGUCGUGGUGUCGAUGCUCUCCUUGUGCAUGCUAUUGCAACACAGCUCGAGUUCAGUGCCGAGCACGCAAGGAGCUGAGUUUGCGAUCUUGGAGCUGCUUGCGGACUCAGCAGGCUGGUUCAAUGGGGCAAACCAGAGCUUGUCAUACGCUGCCACGUGGCUGAAGGAGGACAUCUUCAAGAGUGCAAAGCUCCAGCCAUGAGGGAGAAGUUAACAUUGGUUGCUCUUUGAAUGUACACUAGGUUCAUGAUCGUCAUGAGGAAAGAUGUAAACUGCUACUGCAG